GUUGGCGAUCUAGACCAUUAUACAGAACAUCCAUCAGACCUGAUCUCUAGAUAGUGACCACCAAAAAUCUACGACGUAUUCAACAAAGAUGGCCUCUCUUCUCGUCCCCGGUUUGCGAUCAGGCAAUGCCUCUCGUAUUCAACGAGCUUUUAGCCCGGUAGCAGCCCGAUCGUUCUACACCUCUCAGAUCGCACAAAAGCCUCACACCCCGACGUCAGCAGUCAACUCGGCCGACUCUUCUCCCUCUACAACCACCAACCAGAUGGCGCUCGCUCAGGCUGGAUCGAACCAGUUGAGCUUGGAGACGCCUCAGAAUGGAGCUGAAUACGUCCUUUCCACCAUGGACAAGGUCGUCAACUGGGCUCGUCAAGGUUCGAUGUGGCCCAUGACCUUCGGUCUCGCAUGUUGCGCCGUCGAGAUGAUGCACAUGGCCGCCGCACGAUACGAUCAGGAUCGAUUGGGAGUCGUCUUCCGAGCUUCACCCCGACAGAGUGAUAUCAUGAUCGUCGCCGGUACCUUGACAAACAAGAUGGCACCGGCUUUGCGAAAGGUCUACGACCAGAUGCCUGAGCCAAGAUGGGUCAUCUCCAUGGGUUCGUGUGCCAACGGAGGUGGAUACUACCACUACUCGUACUCGGUCGUCCGAGGCUGUGACCGAAUCGUCCCCGUCGACAUUUACGUACCCGGAUGCCCACCCACCGCCGAAGCCCUUCUCUACGGAAUGCUCCAACUGCAGCGAAAGAUGAGGAGGAACAGGCGAAGCGUUCUGUGGUACCGACGAUAGGCGGAAUUCACUUGGAAGCAGGAAGAGCAUUUCGCGUCGCAAAUCAGACGCCAUAAUGAUGUACAUGACCGAUGUGAUAUCGGGACGGAGACGUCCCGUUGUAUGAUGAUUCAUGAUCGAUAUUAGGUCAGCCUUGACCUACGAGACUUCUUGAAUUCGAGAGAGACCCUUCAUCACGCGAGAUGUUCUCGAAGCGCCUGCAUGAGCGGGUGGUGGUACUCUCUUUCUCUGCAACGGGAGUGUUCGGGAACAAGACAAGAGGGAUCUUCUGUACGUGCAAGCAUAAAUACUUGCUGGAGGAUAGUGUUCGCAGGAUUUUAGCGGUGUAGGUGUCGGCGUCUAGAAGGCGUCGAUUCGGCACCAAGGCCUUGGAGGGAGGUGGAUUGUGAGCGAUGAUGUGAAUACGAGC